GGGAGGCGGGCGGCGCCCCCACCCUGAGCGCGCGGCGCCCUCUGCAGGCCGCCCGCGGCCGCAUGCCGGUAGCCUCCGCCUUCCUCUCCUCCCUCUUCCCGCCUUCCUCGGGCCACAUAUUUUGUCGUUAUCGCUGUUUCCGAGACUUCCUAAGCCUCCGACUUCCGUCCCUUCGCCCCUCUCUCAAGCCAAGGAUGUCAGUGUCUUUCCGGGAGGACUGCCAAUAAAGUUUUUCCUCUUCUCGCUCCUAGGCUCCCUCCCUCGCCUCAAGUACCGCGAGAUCGGGCGGCGCGGCGACGAUGGCGGCGGCGUUUGAAGCCCCCGCGGCCUUAGCGACGGUGGAGGCCGCUGUGCCGGCGGAGCGUGUGGCCGCACAGCUCGCGGCCUCGGAGCCAGUCCCCGGGCCGGUGCGGAGCCUGCGGACGGCUCACGACGUCAGCGGGCCGCGGACCCGCACGGGGGACGUGCUGCUGGCGGAGCCGGCCGACUUCGAGUCACUGCUGCUGUCGCGGCCCGUGCUGGAGGGGCUGCGGGCGGCCGGCUUCGAGCGGCCCUCGCCGGUGCAGCUCAAGGCCAUCCCGCUGGGGCGCUGCGGGCUCGAUUUAAUUGUUCAAGCCAAAUCUGGCACUGGGAAAACCUGUGUGUUCUCUACCAUUGCUUUGGACUCUCUUGUUCUUGAAAACCUAAGUACCCAGAUUUUGAUCUUGGCUCCUACAAGAGAAAUUGCUGUACAAAUACAUUCUGUUAUUACAGCUAUUGGAAUAAAAAUGGAAGGCUUAGAGUGUCAUGUUUUUAUUGGAGGGACUCCAUUAUCACAAGACAAAACCAGACUUAAAAAGUGUCAUAUUGCUGUUGGCUCUCCUGGCAGAAUUAAACAACUGAUAGAACUUGACUACUUGAACCCAGGCAGUAUACGUCUCUUUAUUCUUGAUGAAGCAGAUAAGCUGUUAGAAGAAGGCAGCUUCCAGGAGCAAAUAAACUGGAUUUAUUCUUCCUUGCCUGCCAGUAAACAGAUGUUGGCAGUGUCAGCUACCUACCCUGAAUUUUUGGCUAAUGCUUUGGCAAAGUACAUGAGAGAUCCCACUUUUGUAAGACUAAAUUCCAGUGAUCCGAGUCUCAUAGGUUUGAAGCAAUAUUACAAAAUUGUCAAUUCAUACCCUUUGGCCCAUAAGAUUUUUGAGGAAAAGGCUCAGCAUUUACAGGAACUAUUCAGCAGAAUCCCGUUUAAUCAAGCCUUAGUCUUUUCUAAUUUGCACAGCAGAGCACAACAUUUGGCAGAUAUCCUUUCUUCUAAAGGCUUUCCUGCUGAGUGCAUUUCAGGCAACAUGAAUCAGAAUCAGCGUCUUGAUGCUAUGGCCAAACUGAAGCAGUUUCAUUGCAGAGUCCUCAUUUCCACAGAUUUGACUUCCCGUGGGAUUGAUGCUGAGAAGGUGAACCUGGUUGUAAAUUUGGAUGUACCAUUGGAUUGGGAGACAUAUAUGCAUCGGAUUGGCAGAGCUGGCCGUUUUGGUACUUUGGGGUUGACAGUGACCUACUGUUGUCGGGGAGAAGAAGAAAACGUGAUGAUGAAAAUUGCCCAGAAAUGUAACAUCAACCUUCUUCCUUUACCAGAUCCCAUUCCUCCUGGUCUAAUGGAAGAAUGUUUGGAUUGGGACAUGGAGGUUAAAGCUGCUAUGCAUACGUAUGGCUUAGCAAAUAUACCUACCCAGCCCUUAAAAAAGCAGAUCCAAAAAAUGGAGAGAACCUUUCAAACUCAGAAAGGUCAUGGUAACCACGUGGCUUCAUCUAAAAAUACUUCUGUAUCUUCACUAUUAGUCAAAUCGAAAAAUAAUCCUAAACAGAAGCUUCCUGUGAAAAGCCACUCAGAGUGUGGAGUCAUAGAAAAAGCAAUGUCACCAAAAGAAGUGGGCUGUGGCAUACAAUUGGAAGAGCAAAUGAAGAAUCCUGUUGAGAUCUCUGUUGAAAACUCUACCAGUCAGCACCAGGUCAAAGAAGCUUUACCUGUGUCACUGCCCAAAAUUCCUUGUCUGUCUUCCUUUAAAAUCCACCUGCCAUACUCUUUGACUUUUACAGAAUUGGUGGAGGAUUAUGAACACUAUAUUAAAGAGGGGUUAGAGAAGCCUGUGGAAAUCAUCAGGCAUUACACAGGUCCUGGGGAUCAGACUGUGAAUCCUCAAAAUGGUUUUGUAAGAAACAGAAUUCCCGAGGAGAGAGUGCCGAUAUUGGCAAGUAGUAGUCAGUCUGGAGACUCAGAGAGUGACAGUGAUUCUUACAGCUCGAGGACUUCUUCCCAGAGCAAAGGAAAUAAGUCCUACUUGGAAGGCUCUUCAGAUAGUCAGCUGAAAGACUUGGAAUCCACUCCUGUGGAUGGCCCUAUCUCUUUGGAACAACCUCUGAAUGGAGACGACACCCCUCAUCCAGCAGAGUAUCAAGAAUCACCUGGAAUCCAGACAAAGGCCAGGCAUAAAGAGGGGGCUAACCAGAGAGCUAAGCAGAGCCGGAGAAACCCUCCCAGGCGGUCUUCCUAUCGAGCGCAGGCAGAACGUCAGGAAGAUGGUUGGUAUGACUGCCACAGGGAAACACAUCCAAGUUUUUCUGAUGCCUAUCAGGAUUAUGAGGAAUACUGGAGGGCUUACUACAGGGCAUGGCAGGAGUACUACGCUGUUGCCUCUCAGUCGUAUUAUUGGAAUGCUCAGAGGCAUCCAAGCUGGAUGGCGGCUUAUUACAUGAAUACCAUUUAUCUCCAAGAAAUGAUGCGAGGCAACCAGUGAUUGUAGGCGGUACCUCACCCCAUCCAGAAACACCAAUGAGCGAUACCUUUGGAUAGCCAACCUCCUUGGCCUGUAUAGUAGAGUGGCAUUUUUGAGGAAUUUGAAACGUCUUGAGGCUUCCCGCUGGGACACAUCUAUUUUUCAGAUUGUUUUGACGUACCUGAUGAGGUACAUUAUCUUUUUUUUUUUUUUUUUAAGAAACUUCACGGAUCAGAUUCUUGAAGGAAAAUUUUGGGGACACAGAGCUAAAAGUCCUAGGAUGCCAUUUUCUGUAAGCCAUUUGGAAAAGAAACAUUUAAAAAGACUUAUACCACUGCUUACUUUAAAAAAAUAAAAACAGUUGAGAUUUAAAAAAUAAUGUUAGUUUAUGCUGUGGAGUUCUUGACAAAAGGCUUGGACUGUAUUUCCACAGAGGUGUGUUCUUGUAGAAAUCUGUAGCAUGGUAGAUCAGAAAAUCCCCUCGCCUUUUAUAUUUAGGCAGGAAGGAAUAAAAUAUUGCUUCAGACUUUUCCAAAGGUACUUGCCUUCAUGCUCUUUGCUUCCAGUAAAAAUAUUUGUUACCAGUAAAAAUGCAAACUUAGUCAAAUGUUUAUUGACAUGUUUAUUGUUCAUCUUUUGAAUGUCUUUUGUUUUUAAGAUUGAAAAGCUGUCUAUGUUUUUACUGUGCAUUAAAUAGCUGAGGAUCAUCA